CUGGAGUGCACCGAGACAACUUCGGUGCCCGAAACUUCCGGGGCGUGUUACACUCGGAUUUCCGCCAUGAAAUCGGCGACAAAUCUAGACCUGUGUUCCGAUCUCCUCGUUUGCUUUAGGAGUUGUAGCUCGAAUCAAGAGAACGCAGAAUGUGAUCUGAGCAUGGCCGGACUGGAUGUCGGCCGGAUAUACCAGAGAUGAUCCGCGGUCAUGUGAACAGGAGGCGAGGAUGGACAGCCAUAAACAUGCACAUCUCUUAUUCCUCUAUUCUUUUCUACUCUUACUGCGACACUCACAACGGUCAUCUGGUGUUGACCCCGGCACCUCACUUUCGGGCCCCAUCACGCCAUGCCACCAACAUCCACGCCGACGCCUAUGCCCUCCCCCGACCCCCGCAUCGGCAUGUGGCCGUGGGUCGGCUUUCUGACGCUCGCGCUCUCACUCGCCCUCCUGACCCUCGUCGUAGGCAUGGUGUGGAUGCUCGGCCUUGCACGCCGGCGCGCCCAGACGGACGCAGAGCGUGCCGAGACACGCGCGCUGCUCGUGGAGGCCGAGCGGGUCGGGAGCCAGUUCUCGCGAUUCUAGCACCACGCGAUGGCGCGACACGGAGAAGGCAGUGGAGAGGAGGGUCUCAUGCAUUUAGGGUUUGGUCUCGUGAAUGAGAGUGUACUGCCACGUCAUGCGACGUACGAUGUGUACUACAACGGACACCCCUUGAUCUGCGAAAGUGGUCAGCAAAGGGAAUGCGGAGGGGCAUGGGCAG